GACGGUCGACAGGCGAUGAUAACUGAAGAUGGCCAUGAUGACAAAUACGACGGGCGCGAGGACGGGCGUUUAUCUGAUGAGACGACACAUACUUCAAUAUUCACACAUAAUCUACAUAUGAUCAUCAAUCAAAUGGAAAAUGCUUCUUUAAAUUUCAAUCUUAAAUACCUAAGUGCGAACACUCUUCCGAGAAAAGUAGUUUUUGAUAUACACCAAGAUAUUCAGAACAUGUUCUUGAACCCGCUUCAUAGCAUAAUUGGAUUAUUGGAGUCUUCAGGAUGCAUUACGGCAGAUGGUAAAACAGUAUUUGAUGAAUUAUUCAAUAACAUGCGUUGCAACGAAACGGAAUACAAAUUCAUUCAGUAUCUGAAGAAAAACGAUUUAUAUGCAGAACCGAAAGAGUUUGUACUUAGUAACGAAUUACGUCCGGGCAUCGUACGAAAUGAACAACAAAUGAGCAACGACCCCAUUACAGCUAUUCUUAUGCCAUUGAAAUUUCAACUUCGGAAAUACUUGGAAUCAGAUGGAGUUUUGGAUAUCAUUCUACAAAACUUAACGCCUUCGAGUGACGGAUGCAUCCGAACCAUGAUCGAUGGUAAUCUCUGGAAGCAACGCACGGUGAACUGUGACAAGAAGCUGAUUGUGCCUUUGAAUGUCUUUUUUGAUGAUUUUACGACCGGUGAUACCGUUUCAUCUCACGCGUCAAAAACUUCAAUUUGCGGAAUUUAUUAUUAUGUUCCCUGCUUGCCUGUACAUAUUUUGACAAAACUGUCGAACAUCCAUAUAGCAGGCUUUAUAUUGUCCGAAGACAGAAAGGAAUUUGAUAACAGUUAUCUUUUUCGUAAUUUAGUGGACAUACUCAUCGAAUUAGAAGAAGAAGGGUUAGAGAUUCACGUUAGAGGAGAAAAACUAGUAGUGCAUUUUAUGUUAGGAUUCAUUACUGGUGAUAACUUAGGACUUUCUGGUAUUUUGGACCUUGUUGAGUCCGCCCGAGCCAAUUAUUAUUGUCGACUAUGUAAAAGAAACCGAACUCAGAGAGAAAACGAUACAGUCGAGUACGUUGAGACGUUCAGAACUAUUAAAAGUUAUGAAGAAGAUUUAAUUUUAGACGACGUGUCGCUUAGUGGCAUUAAACGAGAUAGCAUAUUUAAUGAGAUCCCUUCCUUCCAUGUAACUUACAAUGUUUACUUUGACCUAAUGCAUGACCUUUGGGAAGGUGUAUGCGUUUACGGACUUGGCCACUAUUUUAAUUAUUUUAUAAAUGUAAAGAAAAUAUUUUCACUUGACGAAUUGAAUUUUAGAAAAAAUACGUUUGUGUUCGGAAAUCUAAACUCGUCCAAUAUACCCAGCGAUAUUAGAGAUACAAACAUAUCAAAAAGUAAAAUCAAAAUGACUACAAGUGAAAUUAAAACGUUAGUAAACUUCCUUCCACUUAUUAUUGGAAUGCUCAUACCUGAGAAAGAUGAGGUUUGGAACCAUUUUUGUCUGUUGCUGCAAAUUUGUCACAUUCUUAUGCUGCGUGAAAUUCCAAUUGAAUAUCUGGAUAAUUUAAAAAAGCUAAUACAGGAUCAUCACUCACAAUAUUUGACAUUGUUUAACGAUACACUCAAACCCAAGCACCAUAACUUGUUACAUUAUGCUACAUCUAUUAUGCAAUCAGGUGCACCACGACAUCAGUGGGCUAUGCGAGAGGAAGCAAAACAUCGAGACUCAAAACAGUAUAGCAGAGCGACUAACAACAAGAUAAAUUUGUGUAAAUCUCUAGCAAUCAAGGCGGGAUUCAAAUUUGCUUCUGAUGUAUUCUGUAAAAAUUUUGUAGUGCCUGAAAUAGAUCUACGAGAAUCUCAAAUACUCAACUCACCACUAAGCGAUGAACACAAACAGCUAUUAUGUGCUGAUGGCAUAGUGAUUGGUGACGUCAUUCGCUACAUAGACAAAUUUCAGAAGCACGGAAUGGUUUUUAGCAACGAUAUGUAUUUUUAUAUAAUGCAGCAUAGUUUGAUGAGCAUUUUUUGGUUGGAAAAGAUAAUUUUGGAUAAUAACGACAAACUCGUUCUGAUUUGUUGUAGAAUACAGUCCCGUCAAUUUAUUGAUCAUUUCCAGUCAUUUGAAGUAUACAAAACAAAUGAAAAGCAAAUCAUUACCAACAUCGAAAAGCUGCAGAUGCGUUCAGUCAAUUUACAUAGAGUAAACGAAAAACUAUUAUUAAGAUUUUGUAAUUAUGUAAAUAUAGUAAAUAUUGUUCCCUAAAAGUCUUAUUCAUUUU